AUGUCAGUGCUGAAGGGUUGUAAUGAGUCCUUUACUGCAGCUGAUGAGAGGUGCCAGAAAGCAAGUACCCAGUUCUUUUCAGAUACUGGUGUCAUGGCCCUACUCUGUUGUCAUGAUUGUGUCAUUUACCUUGCAAAUAUGACUUCAGCUGGGGAGAGGCAACAUUAUGCACUUGCCCUCAUCAAAUCUCUUUUUGGCCAUCUCCCAGAUAAUUUUUGUAUUGGGCUGUUAUAUGACAUAGGUUGUCAACUGGAACAGGGCUGCAGGGAGUGGGGUUUUCUCAAGUCAUUUCUGCCACAUAUUUUUUUUGCCAUCUCAGUAUUUCAUGCCUUUGGUCAUCAAUGGGCAUGUCAGCUUAUCUAUCACCCCCAAAAAUGUGAAGGAUUUGGGCUAUCUGAUGGAGAGGGAUUUUCUGGGGUAUAUUAUCAUCAAUGCCUCUCUGUUAUUGAAUUCCAGAGUCUCACUGGUUUGGGCCAGUGGCUUUUGCAUCACUGGAAUCAUUGCCAAGAAAAGAAGGCUGCUGCAAACAGAGGCCUAAGGAGAUGUGGAGUUGAUAUCCCAACUCUUCAAGCUGAAUGGGCUGCUCAAGUCUUUGCACAGACAAAGCCAGCUCCUUGUCACUGCUCUAAAGCUGCUGAGAAUAUGAUAUUGCAAAUCAUGGCAACUCAGAAAUCAUUGGCAAAUUAUGAGGCCAAGCUAGAAGUGCUGGAGAAAGAUCUUCUCCAUGGGGUUGCUGACAUGACAAGCUUGAAUAUCCAAAUUGCAGAGUGUCAUCAAAAGGUUAAGUGUUUUAAAGAAGCUUUGCAGAACCAGAGGGCAACCCUAGGCAUAAAUGGGCAUUCAAAUCUUGCUAGUAUCCAAAAGAGUGCUUAUCUUCAACUUGGCAUGCAUGCAUUAGCAAUCAAGAAAUGUAUCAGAGCUCAUCUGCACCAACAAAAGUUUGAGCUGGACAGACUGGAAUGCCCAUAUUGGCAGACUCUCAGUGAACAAAGACUUCAAAACCACACAGAAGCAUCUCUUGCCAGUAGCUACAAUAAUCUGUGUCUGCAAAUUGUGGGCCUCAUACACAAGGGAAAAGCUCCCCAGGGGUCAAUAGCCCCACUCCUGAUCCCAAGGGACUCUUUGUUCAAACUGGAUGAUAUUGGCCUUGGGGAUGAUUCAGAUGGGUUACUACCCCCAAGGUUAGCUGAUGAAAAAGUGUGCUCAGGGAUCAGAUCACUCCUUGAGCUGAGGCAUUGUGAAGAAGAGGAAAGGCACCUGUUGCAGGAAAGAAGAGCUUUGACAGAGUGGUUUUCUGAAGAGUGGGGUUAUGUUGAUCUUACAUAUGAACUUGACUGCAGAGCAUUGAGACUAGCAGGUCUGUGCAUCUUGUGGAAGAGGCAACUUAGAGGCUAUCCUGGAACACCUAAUGAGAACUGGGGUGCAAGUGAUGAAGAACUGCACAGCAUGGUGCAGGGUGGUCAUGUUAUAUAUAUUGAUGGUAAUAAUGAGGAGUGGUUUGAUGGAUUGGAGUCAGAGGGUGAAGAGGAUGAGGAUGAAGCGAUGGAUGAUGAGUCACUAUGUGUUGCUGAAGAAUUUGCCCUGGCAGAUGAAUAUCACCAACAAAGUGAUAUGCCAUUGGAAGAAUUCUGUUGGGGAGAAGAAUGGGAGAAUGACCUACUGAAUAUGGAUCCACCAUCAUCUACAAGUAAAAUAGUUCAAUACAGAUAA